AUGAGUGUCAUUUCUGAGAGUUUCGUACAGUAGUCAAAUUUAGUGAUUCGAAGAAGUUUCUGCAGCCUAAUUAUUCAUAUUUAAGUGUAUUUAUUGUUAAUUACAGUGUUCACAAAUGGUUUUCAAAACAUUAAGAAUCAUUCUUGAGUAAGAAGAAGGUUAUGUAAACUUAUUUCUUAAAUAAUGUCGGCAUCAAUUUAUUGACAGUUGUCUGCAAUGCUGGAAGCCUUAUAUUUGAAGCAUUAAGCCUGUAUAUUUUUUCACUAUUAAAAUUCUAGGCAUGAUAGGCUAAUUUGAAUGAAAUUAAUAGACUCCUUAAUUUAAUUACAUGUAAUGAACAAAUUUAAGAAGUGUGAUUUUUAAAGCUAAUAUUAAACUUAAAUUGAUUAGAAUUAGGAUAUCAACAAUGGAAAGCCCAGAAAAUGAAUCUACCCAUCCUUCCAAGGACAGUGUUGCUGAUGAUAAUGAUGUGUUCCUCAAACUGCAACAGCUGACGGACCGCGCCGCGCAGCACGAGACGGAAAAACAGCAGAUGCGCGAGGAGUUUGGACUUCAGAGAGCCAAAAUGAAGGAACUUUAUCUCCAGAAAGAGGAGGAGAUAAAGCGUGGUUCGUCGGAGCAGACAAGGCUCACCGGUGAGUUGAAACGCUUGCAGAGCGAGUUGGACGAGGCUCGAGUACAAGCAACACUCGCUAGACUCGACUUGGAGGAGGAGGAGAAACGCAAGUUCCAGGAUGAGGUGGCCUCGCUGCAGCAACUCGUCACAGAGACAGUAGAGGAAUCAAGUCGCUACGAGUCGGAGUUGAAGGAUCUCCGGAGGACCAACGAGCGGUUGGAGGCCGAAGUGACGGAGUUGCGAGGGCAGUCGCAUGAGGCUCCACUGCUAGCAGCUCCCGGUGCCAUGAUCUCCACUCUGGCUCGCCGUGUAGCCAGCCAGCUGGGGGCGGACUCUGCAGCCCCCGCCCCCCACCGGCCCCUGUCAUUGCCACCGCCAGCCGACAACCUCGAGGAGAGCAUGAGGAAGGUAAACAAAUAUGCUAAAGAAGAUGCUGAGGUUCUCCGAUCGUUGGUAAUUCCAUUGGAAGAAGAAAUUAAUGCUCUUAAGGAAAAAUUACGAGCUAAUGAUCUGCUUCUUCGAAAAUACCAGGAGGAAGGAUCCCAUGCUGAGUCUCUUGACACAACUAGCAGCAUCUUGGAGUCUCCUGCUGUGGACACAGCAAGUAUCUCUGGUCAAGAAAAUAUAAAAGGAAACAAUUUAACGUCUAGUCAGUCCAAAGUUCCUAGUUCACCUCUGCGAAAUUCAGUGGAGGGAAAACUGUUCGACACGUCACCUGAGUCAGGCAAGGCUACCGAGUGUGAUAUGUGCCUCAACUACGAGACACAGCUGGUGAACGAGCAAAAGCGAGUGGCCGAGCUAACCAAGGCAGCUGGGGCUUGCUUGGCUAGUGACCUUAAGAAUGACACAGAAGCAUGCAGAUGUACUAUCAGCAGUGUUCCUGAUUACCACGGAGGAGCUACUACGGCACUAAACACCAACUUCGGUCAGAUGACCACCUCCCUGACCCGAGAACUGGACAGGCUGCGAGCGCAGAGAGAGCAGUCACAGAGGGAUCUGGACAGCAUACAACUUGAAAAUGAGAAACUGGUCGGACGCUACAACGCUCACUCUCAGGAACUUCAGGAUGCGUUCAUCGAUUUGCCUGAUAAAGUAGAGGAGCUACAGGAGAUGGUACUGAAGUGUAGAGAAGAUCUUAUCGCAGCAAGGGUGGGCCAGGAGAGAGCUGAAGCAGUGGCAGCCACCCAGAGAGAGGAAGCCCAGCUGUACCUCAGCCAGAGUGAGGCGGAGCAGCAGCAAAGACAGCAGCUAGAGAACAGUCUGGCGGCUGAGAUCAAUGUUCUCAAGAGAUUUGUCAGCGUAGUAGGAAUUAGGAAGGGGUUUCCCUACCAGCAAGUUCCCAUUGAAGACCUGUCUCAAUAUCUGGGGCUCCACUCUCAUGGGAACCACAGUUUUUCUGCUGGUGUGCUACAACAUAAGAUCCUUAAGGGCAAGGUUGACUGUCCUGACUUAAUGCAUCUGGUCCAAUUCAGAACUCCAACAUCCACUCGAUCCAGCGACCUGUUCGUCAGGCAACACCAAUGCACUAACUAUAUAGCAGAUUGA